AUGCAUCCCGAAACGGAGCAGGAGCUCGCCCACAUCCUCCUCAUCGAGCUGCUCGCCUACCAGUUCGCUUCCCCCGUCCGCUGGAUUGAGACCCAGGAUGUAAUCUUCCAGGAGUUCAACGCCGAGCGCGUCGUCGAAAUCGGCCCCUCCCCGACCCUCGCCGGCAUGGCCUCGCGCACCCUCAAGGCAAAGUACGAGUCCUACGACGCCGCCCUCUCCCUCCAGCGCCAGGUCCUCUGCUACUCCAAGGACACCAAAGAGAUCUACUACACCGCCGACCCGGCCCCUGAAGAGCCCGCCGCGCCCGCUGCUUCCACUUCAGCUCCCGCUGCUGCUGCUCCUGCUGCUGCUGCUGCUGCUCCCGCCGCCGCCGCUCCCGCCGCCGCCGCUCCUGUCGCUGCUGCCUCUGCCGUCGCCGACGAGCCCGUCAAGGCCGUCGACAUCGUCCGCGCGAUCGUCGCCCAGAAACUCAAGAAGCCAUUCGACCAAAUCCCGCUCUCAAAAACAAUCAAGGACCUCGUCGGUGGAAAGUCUACCCUGCAGAACGAAAUUCUCGGCGAUCUUGGAAAGGAAUUUGGUGCCGCCCCCGACAAGGCCGAAGAGACUCCCAUUGAUGAGCUCGGUGCCGCCAUCCAGGCCUCUGGUUUCAAUGGCCAAUUGGGCAAGCAAUCUGCCUCGCUUGCCUCCCGUCUCAUUGCCUCGAAGAUGCCCGGUGGAUUCAACAUGACCACCGCCCGCAAGUACCUCCAGGACCGAUGGGGUCUCGCUGCCGGCCGCCAGGACUCUGCCCUUCUCCUCGCCGUCACCGUCGAGCCUCCCGCCCGUCUCGCUGCUGAGCCCGAUGCGAAGAAGUAUCUUGAUGAGAUUGCUCAGAAGUACGCUUCUUUGAACGGAAUCUCUCUCGCCUCCGCUGCUGCUGAUGCCGGCGCUGGUGCCGCUGCUGGCGGCGCAAUUGCCAUCGACUCUGCCGCCUUCGACGCCCUCACCAAGGAUCAGACAACUCUUGUGCGCCAGCAAAUGGAGCUUUUCGCAAAGUACCUCAAGGUCGAUCUUCGCGCCGGCGACAAGCUCUUCAUCGACGAGCAGGACGCCACUUCCGAGCUCCGAAAGGAACUCGAUCUCUGGCAGGCCGAGCAUGGCGAUUUCUACGCCUCUGGAAUCGCUCCCACAUUCUCUCCCCUCAAGGCCCGUGUUUACGACUCCUCCUGGAAUUGGGCUCGCCAGGAUGCUCUUUCUAUGUUCUACGACAUCAUCUUCGGCCGUCUGUCCGUUGUCGACCGCGAAAUUGUCUCGCGUUGCAUCUUGCUCAUGAACCGCUCCAACCCGACUUUGCUUGAGUUCAUGCAGUACCACAUCGACCACUGCCCCGAGGACCGUGGUGAGACUUACGAGCUUGCCAAGAAGCUCGGACAGAUGCUGAUCGACAACUGCCGUGAUGCCCUCGAAGUCGACCCCGUUUACAAAGAUGUCAUGUAUCCUACCGCUCCCGAGACAACUAUCGACUUGAAGGGAAACAUCAACUACGACGAGGUCCCCCGCACUGCCGUGCGUAAGCUCGAGCAAUACGUCAAAGAGAUGGCCAGCGGUGGCAAGAUCACAGAGAACGGCAACCGAACCAAGCUCCAUUCCGACCUUUCGCGCAUAUACAAGAUCAUCCGCAGACAACAAAAGGUUAGCAAGAGCUCGAAGCUUCAGAUCAAGAACUUGUACGACGAAGUCAUCCGAUCGCUUUCACUCGAGACCGCUGCUGCGAACAAUGAGACCUCUCCCAACGGACGACAGAGCUCGCCUAAGCGUGGCAAGCGUGGCUCCAGAAAGAAAUACACUGAGACCAUUCCAUUCUUGCAUCUCAAGCAGAAAGAUUCUCAGGGACAGGGCUGGGAGUACAGCAAGAGCUUGACUGGCAUCUACCUCGAGUGCUUGGAGCAGGCUGCUAAGAGCGGAAUUACUUUCAAGAACAAGUAUGCCCUUAUGACUGGUGUCGGAGCUGGUUCUAUUGGAGCUGCUGUUCUUCAGGGUCUGCUUUCCGGAGGCGCCAAGGUUAUCGUCACUACCUCGCGCUACUCCAAGGAAGUCACCGAGUACUACCAGGCUAUUUACGCCAAGUAUGGCGCAAGCAACAGCACCCUUAUUGUCGUGCCUUUUAACCAAGGUUCGAAGCAGGAUGUUGAUGCUCUCGUUGAGUACAUCUACGACAGCAAGAAGGGUCUCGGCUGGGAUCUUGACUUCAUUGUUCCCUUCGCCGCUAUCCCGGAGAACGGACGCGAGAUUGACAACAUUGACUCGCGCUCUGAGUUGGCUCACCGUAUUAUGCUUACCAACUUGCUUCGCAUUCUCGGUGCCGUCAAGGUUCAGAAGGCCAACCGUGGCUACGAGACUCGCCCUGCUCAGGUCGUUCUGCCUAUGUCUCCUAACCACGGUACUUUCGGCUCUGAUGGUUUGUACUCUGAGUCCAAGCUUGCUCUCGAGACUCUCUUCAACCGUUGGUUCUCUGAAUCGUGGGGCUCAUACCUCACCGUCUGCGGUGCCGUUAUCGGUUGGACUCGUGGAACUGGUCUCAUGAACCAGAACAACCUCAUUGCUGAGCGCAUCGAGAAUCUUGGUGUUCGUACCUUCUCCCAGCAGGAGAUGGCUUUCAACAUUUUGGGUCUCAUGUCGCCUGCUAUCGUCAACCUUUGCCAGAUCGAGCCGGUCUUUGCCGAUCUCAACGGCGGUAUGCAGUACAUCCCCAACCUCAAGGAUAUGUCGUCCCAGAUUCGCCAGGAGCUUAUGCAGACAUCUGAGAUUCGUCGAGCUGUCUCGUCUGAGAACGCUAUCGAGUACAAGCUCGUCAACGGCGCUGAAGCCGAGCGUCUUCACAAGCAGGUCGUUAUUCAGCCGCGUGCCAACAUUAAGUUUGAGUUCCCGGAGCUGAAGCCGUUCUCUGACUUUGAGCCCCUCGCCAAGGAUCUCCAUGGAAUGGUUGACCUCGAGAAGGUGUGCGUCAUCACUGGUUUUGCUGAAGUCGGACCGUGGGGUAACUCGCGUACCCGCUGGGAGAUGGAGGCCCACGGCCAGUUCUCGCUUGAGGGUUGCAUCGAAAUGGCUUGGAUCAUGGGUCUUAUCAAGCAUCAUCAUGGCCAGCUCAAGGGUAAGAUGUACUCUGGCUGGGUUGACACCAAGACCAACGAGCCUGUCGACGACUUUGACGUCAAGUCCAAGUACGAGAAGCAUAUUCUCGAGCACUCUGGAAUUCGUCUCAUCGAGCCUGAGCUGUUCAACAACUACGACCCCAACAAGAAGAAAAUGUACCAGGAGGUUGUCAUCGAGCAGGACCUUGAGCCCUUUGAGACUUCGAAGGAAACCGCCCUGGAGUUUAAGCGCGAGAACGGCGACAAGGUCGAGAUCUUUGAGAUCUCGGAGACUGGUCAGUGGACUGUUCGCUUCUUGAAGGGCGCCUCCAUGAUGCUCCCCAAGGCUCUUCAGUUUGACCGUCUCGUUGCUGGUCAGAUCCCUACUGGCUGGAACGCGAAGACCUACGGUAUCUCGGAUGACAUCAUCUCCCAGGUCGAUCCUAUCACCCUCUAUGUGCUUGUUUCGACCGUCGAGGCUCUGCUCUCGAGUGGUAUCACCGAUCCUUACGAGUUCUACAAGUACGUUCACGUCUCUGAGGUCGGUAACUGCACUGGUUCCGGUGUCGGUGGACAGUCUGCGCUGCGUGGAAUGUACAGAGAUCGUUUCUUGGACAAGCCUGUCCAGAAGGAUAUCUUGCAGGAGUCGUUCGUCAACACCAUGUCUGCGUGGGUUAACAUGCUUUUGCUUUCGUCGUCUGGUCCUAUCAAGACUCCUGUCGGUGCUUGCGCUACUGCCAUUGAGUCGGUCGAUAUCGGAUACGAGACCAUCAUGUCUGGAAAGGCCAAGAUCUGCCUUGUCGGUGGUUACGAUGACUUCCAGGAGGAAGGAUCGUACGAGUUCGGAAACAUGGGUGCCACUUCCAACUCUGAGGAAGAGAUCAAGCAUGGCAGAACUCCUGCUGAGAUGUCUAGACCUGCUACUACUACCCGUGCUGGCUUCAUGGAGUCGCAAGGUUCUGGUAUCCAGGUUAUGAUGACUGCCAAGCUUGCCAUCGAUAUGGGUGUGCCUAUCUAUGGUAUCGUCGGUAUGACCGCGACCGCCACUGACAAGAUUGGCCGGUCCGUUCCUGCUCCCGGAAAGGGUAUCCUCACGACUGCUCGUGAGAAUGUCGAGUCCAAGUUCCCUUCGCCGCUGCUCGACAUCAAGUACCGUCGUCGCCAGCUUGAGAAGCGCAAGGCUCAGAUUCGCGAGUGGACCGAGUCUGAGAUCUUGCAGCUUCAGGAGGAGGUUGAAGCUAUGCGGUCUCAGUAUGCUGAGUUUGACGAGAAGGCGUACCUUGCUGAGCGUAUCGAACACCUCGAGCGCGAGGCCUCUCGCCAGGAGAAGGACGCUCUUGCCAUGUGGGGUAACGAGUUCUACAGGAAGGAUGCUCGUAUUUCCCCCAUCCGUGGCGCUUUGGCUGUCUGGAACCUUUCUGUCGAUGACCUUGGAGUUGCUUCGUUCCAUGGAACUUCGACUAUGGCCAACGACAAGAAUGAGUCUAUGACUCUCGCCAACAUGAUGACCCAUCUUGGUCGCUCGAAGGGUAACGCUCUUCUGGGUAUCUUCCAGAAGUACCUUACUGGUCAUCCUAAGGGUGCUGCUGGUGCUUGGAUGUUGAACGGUGCUCUCCAGGUUCUCAACACUGGUCUUGUCCCUGGUAACCGUAACGCGGAUAACAUUGACAAGAACCUUGAGCAGUUUGACUCGAUUCUGUACCCGUCGCGCAGCAUCCAGACUGACGGCAUCAAGGCUGCUUCGGUUACCUCUUUCGGUUUCGGUCAGAAGGGUGCUCAGGCGAUUGUGAUCAAGUCCGACUACCUGUUUGCCACGCUUGAUGAGAGCGUCUACAACGCUUAUGCUGCGAAGGUUACUGCUCGUCACAAGAAGGCUUAUGGCUACAUUCACAACGCCAUGGCUACGAACACUAUGUUUGUGGCUAAGACCGAUCCUCCCUACAACAAGGAGCAGGAGGCUACAGUUUACCUUGACCCUCUGGUCCGGGUUGAGCCUAGCAAGGACACCUACGCCUACCCCACCAAGCCGGUGAAGAAGGUUGUUGAUCCGAGCAAGCAGCAGACUGAGGAUGUUCUGUUGAAGUUGACGCAGUCGACUGCUGCCGCUGGAACUAACGUUGGUGUUGACGUUGAGGCGUUUGAUGCCAUCCCAUUGUCAAAUGAGACCUUCAUUGAGCGCAACUACACCGACUCUGAGAUUGCCUACUGCCGGGCCUCGCCCGAUCCCACUGCCAGCUUCACCGGAACCUGGUGCGCGAAGGAGGCCGUGUUCAAGUCUCUUGGCGUGAAGUCUGACGGUGCCGGCGCGGCUCUCAAGGAGAUUGAGAUUGUCCGUAAGGCUGGAAAGCCCGAGGUUGUCUUGAGCGGCCAGGCCAAGACCAAGGCCGACGCGAGCGGUGUCAAGGGCGUCAGUGUGAGCAUCAGCCAUAACGAGUUUCAGGCGGUUGCUGUCGCGGUGGCCGACGUUGCUUAA